CUCGUGCUUGUUCUCGAUUUGUAGUUAUAGUGCAGUGACCAUUUUCUUUUAAAUUUGUCGAUUUACGUACAAUGGCAGAAGCUGAUCAUGGAUAUUUCUUAAGCGGCCAAUUUAACGACAUUAGCGAAAACUUAUUAGAUCCAUUACGAAAAUCAUUUUGUGAUUGCAUCGAGAACUUGAAUAACCAAAAAGUUGAUGUACAGUAUCAUCAAGAAUCGACGCAAUUUAAAGGAAAACGUGGCUCGGAUGUUUGUCUUAACUUGCAGACAGGAUUUGUCGUCCAAACAACUGUUAGUGAGAAAGAAUUAUUAAUUAAUAUUUGCUACAAUGACUAUAUUCCGUCGCCGAGACAAAACUUUGCAGAGGAGUAUGAAAAGCAACGCGAAUGGAGUUUGUCAUACUUUUUGUCUCAGUUAAAGGACGGUCGAGAUGAAUUUAGAGAGAGUUAUAUUUGUGAUAUUUUAUUUCAUCCUGCAGUUUCAGAAUUAAAUCACAUUCAUCAAUGUAACAUUGCGUUUAAGUGUUUGGAAAACCAUUAUAAAAUUUAUGUAGACAGUACUAGCAUUAAAUAUUUAGAUUUGGAUUAUGUGGGAAAUCUUGAAAAAACUUUGUUAAAUGAUUAUAUCCAAGGCUGUGUUUAUAGUAGAGGCAAUAGUGAAAAGAUUUAUUAUCUCAAUGAACGCCUACUUAUGAUUAAUGAAACUCCAUGCCAACAAGACAAGUCUUGUUCAAAACAUCAGUACAGACUGUCGAUGCAGGAGCUGCAUAAAAAAAAUGAUAAUAAUUCAGUGUAUUCAUUUAUGACAUUGCGGUUACCAUUGCUUCAAUGUAUCAGCAUGGAUAUUACAGAAAAAACAAUUCAGUUAUUGUCACAAAUACCUUUUGAUUGCAACUUAAACAUAUCACUGCCUUAUGCUUUGAAAGAAAGUUGUUCAAUUGAUGCCAUCAAUAGCAAACACUUAGUUAUAAGUUUAUUACUUAAUAUACAUACCUUUAACGAUAUAAUGACUUCUGUUGUGAUCACUCAUGAAGAUAGUGGAGUUGAUAGUGACAUUGGUAGCCCAGAACAUAAAUAUAAUCAAAAUAAUAUGCGUGAUAGUAGGAAUAAUAUUAUUGAGCCAAUGAAAAAGUUCUUUGAUUCAAAUACAACAUACUUAUUUCCUAGUUUUAAUAUUAGUACUUCAGAUAAUGUUAUAAUGUUUGCUUUAAAUAUUAAAAAUAUUGAAGAAGAUAGCCUUACUUAUAUUUGCGUUAAAAAUUAUUUAUCUAUAAAAUGUUCAGGAAUUGACUGUUCCCGAUACGCUUUCAUUAUGAAAGUUGAUUUUGAAAUAUCAGAUAUUCAGACUGAAAUUUGGGAUAAUACUGUAACAAUUCAGUUCAAAGUGAAUGAUGCUAUGGAAAGUAAAGAUUCUUUGAUGUGUCCUGUUGUCCCCAUAUCAAAUAUUGAUUGUGGUAACACUAGCCCGAAUUCCCCCAACUAUCAGAAUAGCAUUACUUCUAAAAAUUUGAAAAAUUUAAACUUGACAAAAAGUAAGUGUAGGCCAAGAAAUAUUACUCCAAAUAAAGUAAGAAGUAUUUCAGAAAGUAGUGAAGAUACUGCAUUACUAAUGAAGCGCAAUGUAACUAUUAAAGGCAUUUUAAAAUGUUCUUCUAUGAGUCGGAGUGUGUCUGAAAGCAGUGUUGAUGAUCAUUUUGGAUUUUCAAUGUCUUUAGAUCAUGAUUUCAAUAGUUCGUUUGAAUUCACAUCCACUUCAUUGGAUCCUUGUAAGGAACAAGGUAGCUCUACAGAAGUUAUAAACAAAAAAACUGUUAGAUUCAAAGACGUUGUUGCCAAACAAAUUUUUAGAUCUAACUCGAGCAUUCUUGGGCAAAAGAAGAAGAAUCAGCGAAAGAAUAGAAACAAAAAACGGGCUCAUGAUCGAAGGAUGUCUGAAAGUGAAAACUCAGAAUCUGAAGAACAAGAUGAAGAUGAACAUUCUGUGGCUGUCCCAGAGCCAACCAAUGCAAUUGUUGUUGAAAAUAAUAAAUCAAAACAUUUGUCUUAUAUUAAAUUGGGGGACAAAUCACCGCAAAUUGAAUCCUCUCUUUCGAAGUUAUUUCAAUGCAUGUCACUUGUCUAUAGGCAAAAAUUGACAUCACCAAAAUGGAAUCGAUUCAAAGGCAUUAGGCUACGUUGGAAGGACAAAAUUCGAUUGAAUAAUGUAAUAUGGCGGUGCUGGCAUAUGCAAUUUAUCAUGAAACAAAAUAGUUUGGUUUGCCAAUUUGCAUCGCCUUUAGAUGUUGACACUCACAAUAAGCCAGAGGCUGUUGUAUUAGAAGGAAAAUAUUGGAAGAGAAAAUUGGCAGCCGUUACAGCAGAAUACAAAAAAUGGAGAAUGUUUUCACGUAGUAGAGUUGCGGGUAGUAGAGAUAAUUCAGAUUUGCCUGACAUUGAAUUUAUGGAAUGGGGUUUGCCACCUAUGAUGGUUGAUGAUGAUUAUAUGCAGUUAAUGAGUGAUACAUUAUUUUCUACUAUUAGCAAUCAGGCAUUUGCAUUUCCAGAUUCUAGGGAAAUUGCUCGAGGAGCAGGUCUCGCUGAUUUUAUUCAGCCUAGCUUAGGCCCCUUACAGCCGAACUUAGAGGAUUAUGUAGAUACAUUGCAGCCUUUACAAGAUCUUUUGUGUACAAAAUUGACACCAGUUCCGGAAGAAGUUUCUAUGGAUACUAGUAACACAAGUACUGUACCAUCCAAUAUGUUCAUGAAUAAUUAUCAAAAUAUGGAAUCUAUAAAUUACAAUAUACCAAACUAUGCUGUAAAUGUUCCUGUUCAAAAUAGACCAUCUUCAAGUCACACAAAGCUACCUCAUAAUGAGGUACUAAGAGAUACUAAUUCAUUCACAACAAUGAAUUAUAUGUACAAUACAAGUGUAUCAAACCUACAAAAUCAGACUAUGAUACCUGUGCAGCUGGAACAAAUGCAUUUUAUUAAUUCUGAUGCAAAUAUGAAUUUAGAAACUGUUAAUAAUGUUGUACCUGCUAUUUCUAUGACAAAUUUAAGCAAUAUGACCAUGAACAAUCAGCUGACGCAAAACAAUGUAGUGCCUAAUUUAAGUCAAAAUUUAAAUUUUAAUUCUAGGAAUAAUUUACAAAAGAUCGCACCAAACCCACUAGAUGCAAAGGAAUGCUUGCCCAAAUCAAAAAACUUGUCUGGCCAGCAAAUGAACAAUAUGGAUUUGAACAAAUCUCGACUGUGCAAUUCACAAAUGAAUUUAUCUUUUUAUGGAAAUAAUCAACAAAAUCUAAUGGUUUUAAAUAAUAAUACUAAUGAGCACAAAAGGGCCAGUGAUAAAAAGGGUAAAGAGAUGUAUAGAAGUAACAGCCUUCCAUUAAAUAGCACAUUGAAUUUACAAGAAGAGAUGUUUCUAAUUCCAAAGGCUAAUAUACAUAAGAGAUCUGCACCACAGCAUGCCAGCUCUGAACAAUUGCCACAGCACUUACAUUCAUCAAAUGAUUCAUUGAAUCAAAAUGCUUUGCUUGCUCGUCUUCUGACAAAUACCAAAACAUCUACAAUUUCAUGUAUCAACUCCAGUAAUAAUAUUCAACCAUGUUCAGUUCGAUUUACAGAUAAUGUGAUGCAAAAUAGUUCUAUACAGCCAAAUAAUCAGAUGUUUCCACCAUCGCCUGAAUCAUCUUCUUCAAUGAGUUUGGGUGAACCAUUAAGUCCAGUACUUUCUAUGCAACAAAGAGGCCAGCCUCGAGAAAUGAAGAGAACUGGUCAUAUACAUGCAGAACAAAAGCGCAGAUACAACAUUAAAAAUGGUUUUGAUGUAUUGCAUUCACUUAUACCUCAGUUGAAACAAAAUCCUUCAAAUAAGUUGAGUAAAGCUGCAAUGUUACAAAAAGGUGCUGAAUAUAUAAAACAACUUCAAAUUGAAAGAAAACUUUUGGAAGAUGAAAUAAUAUCCUUGAAGAAUCAAGCUGAGUCACUAAAUACUUCAAUCAGUAACUGCCAGUCAAUGCUGCCAGCUACUGGUGCUCCAGUUUCACGUCAAAGAACAAGCAGAAUACGAGAAAUGUUUAGAGAGUAUUUUUCUUUAUUGAUUGAGCCGUUAUUACUAACAUUUAACUCUUCUGUAUCAAUAACAAAUAUGCAAGAACUUACUAGGACUACAGUACAAUGGGUUGAUCAGCAUUGUUCUUUGGUUGAUUUGAGGCCAGGAGUAUUGAAUGCUUUAAGAUUACUCUGCACAACAACAGAUAUAUUAUCACAACCUGAACGUUUACCUGAACAAGCUAGAAAUGCUGCAAUCAAUCAGCAGCAAGAAUAUCGGUCAUGA